AUGGAAGUUUGGUCAGCAGCAGGCCGUCGUAAAAGUGCAGUUGCACAAGUACGAAUUUGUUCACCUGGAACUGGAGCCAUUACAGUAAAUCAAGUGGAUGCCGAAAAGUAUUUACAAGGUGCAUUCCCAACUAUUUUAAAACCGUUUGAAACGGUAAAAUUAGAACCAACAUUUGAUCUUUAUAUUCGUUCCCAAGGGGGAGGACUUUCGGGUCAAGCAGAUGCAAUUAGCCUUGGCUGUGCCAAAGCUCUUUGCUUAAUGAACCCUGAAUACCGUGCAGCACUCAAAGCUGAAGGGUUAUUACAGCGUAACGCAUUAAAGAAAGAACGUAAAAAGUAUGGUUUGAAAAAGGCUCGUAAAGCGCCACAAUUUUCAAAGCGUUAA